AUGCGAGCUGUUCUUUCACCAUAUUACUUGCUGCUGCUGGCAAUUAAAACAGUCUCUGCAAUUCCCCCGCCUACAAAUCUUCCAGUUGUAGACCUCGGCUAUGAACUUCAUCGUGCACUCACUCACGACAACAACACCGAUACUUACAAGUUCUCCAAUAUCCGCUAUGGGCAAGCUCCCACUGGUAAUCUGCGAUUCAGAGCCCCUGUUGCUCCGUUGACGAAUCGCGACAACAUACAGACAGGAGAAGAGAUAAGAAUCUGCCCUCAGGGACUUCCAAAAUGGCAGGCGAGUGCAUCGAAAGCAAUAGGUCUCUACUCAAGUGGCAAAGACUUCAGCCUCGACUCAUGGAUUGCCGACAUCAAGGACUACGUGCCCUCAGUGGGAAGACCACUUCCCCCAACUACGGAAGACUGUCUUUUCCUUGACGUGCAUGUCCCUCGUAAAGUUUUCAUGGCUGCGCAACAGGGCAAAAGCUGUGAUGCGGCUGUACUUGUCUGGGUAGGUGAUAGCAGUCUACUUGGCGCAGGGAACACAGCUAACUGCGAGCAGAUACACGGCGGCGGCUAUGCUCUGGGCUCAAAGAACGGGUGGCCAACUCCCGGGUUUGACCCUAGUGGUCUUCUGCAACACGCGAAAGACUUUGAGAAAAAUGGCAUCAUUUUCGUUGCGCUCAACUACCGACUUGGGGCUCUCGGCUUUCUCCCUGGCUCCGAUGUUGAGAAAGAUGGACAUCUAAACACUGGACUCCUCGAUCAGCGUCUUGCCCUCAAUUGGGUUCAAGAAAACAUCCAUUUGUUUGGCGGCUCGCGCGACAGAGUGACUCUCAUGGGUCAAUCAGCAGGCGGAGGUUCUGCUUUGCUCCAUAUGCUCGGUGAGAAAGAGGGCUACAAGGCUCCUUUUGCACAGAUUAUUGCUCAGUCGCCUGCUUUUAUUCCAACUCUCCAAGCACCGGAAACAGCUUACUCUGGUUUUUUACAAGCAUUGAAUGUUACAACCCUUGCAGAAGCUCGGGAAGUCAGCUCUGAAGCUAUCAUCUUGGCCAACGCUCAUCAGAUUGGGAACGCACCUGCGACUUCCUACAUCCACGGUCCUGUCCUAGACAACAACCUGAUCCCGGAUUAUCCCUACACCAUGUUUGAAAAAAGAGAGUUUGACAAGUCAGUCAAGGUCAUGACAUCUCAUACCUCCUUUGAAGGAGCGCUGUUCUUUGAUGUGGAGAACAUGGAAGAUGAUGAUUUUGUACCCUGGAUCCAAAAGUCGAUACCAGGGCUCACCAUGCUAGAGCAGGGAUAUCUAGCGAAUGAGCUGUACCCACCUAUUUUUGAUGGUAGCUUGGGCUAUACGAAUCAGGGCUCUCGACAGAUGGCUUUGUGGGGUGAGGCAGUCAUCGACUGCAACUUUGUGGGCAUCAGCAAGGUUAUGAAUGGUCGAGGUUAUGCUUAUCGAUUCAAUGUCACCCCUGGCUUGCAUACUCAGGACCUUAAGUAUACCUUCAACGACCCUCAGAGUCCUGCGUUUGAACCUGUUGCGCAAGAUAUCUUGCAAACUGUUCUCACGAGCUUUACUAUGAGCGGUUCUCCCAAGCUUCGAAAUAAAUAUACCAUGGAAUUUCCUCCAUGGGGAGGUCAAGGAGAUGUUAUUAGUAUAAAUGGACAAGGUGUUGAGAAGACAUUGAAUGUUGUUAACGAAACACGUUGUGCUUGGUGGCAUAAUCUUCACUCGAGAAAGGCCGCGCGGACUUCCGCUUUGCAGCUAUAG